AUGGUCGAUAAAGGACAUAAUUUUAUAUCAAAAGAUACCGAUUCUGUUUUUAAAAGCUCAUGCCCCUGCAGCUUUGAGUCUAAGAUAAAGAAACCGUCUGAAAGCACAUCGUCCACAAAAAUUGAAGAUAUUAAAAAUCAUAAAUCCCAAGUUCUUGCAUCUGAUAAAAAAAGAAAUAAAAAAUCAAAAAAUGAAUUAAUUAAUGAGCUAAAUGAGCUUAAAAAGCUUGCAAUAUAUGAUGAAGCUCUUGAAGAAGCUAUAAGACGAGAAAAAGAAGCAGCCAAAGGCCAAACAGUAGAUGUAGUUAUGAGUAUACACUAUAACACUUCAUACGGAGAAAGACUCAUUAUAUUGGGUGGCCAUGAACUUAUUGGAAACUGGAGAUCUGACAAAGCCGUAAGCCUUGAAUGGACUCCUGGUAGCAUUUGGAAAACCACUAUAUCCUUGGACCAAAAAUCUAAAGAUAUAGAAUAUAAAUACGCGGUAGUAAGAGGGCAUUAUGUUAAAUGGGAAGGGGGGGACAAUAGAAUUCUAAAACUAACUGAUGCUAUCCAAUUCGGCAAUAAAUUGCUGCUUAAUAAACUCGAAGUUUGGAGAAAAUAG